UCGCCCAUCGCUGCUGACCGGUGGCCGGCGCCCGGGCUCGCGGAGCAAGCGCAUGGAGCCGUGGGGCUGCCCGCCCCGGGACGCGUGCCCCGCCGCCCUCGGGGGCUGGCGGGAGCCUCCAAGGGGAGCCGGCAGCCAUAACCAGCAGACCACAGCAUUCAGGCAUCCUGUGACUGGGCAGUUUUCUCCAGAAAAUAGUGAAUUCAUUCUUCAAGAAGAGCCAAACCCACCUAUGUCGAAGCAAGAGAGAAACCAAAGACCAUCCAGCAUGGUCAGUGAAACAUCCACGGCUGGUACCACGUCCACUCUGGAGGCCAAGCCUGUACCCAAGAUAAUCAAGUCCAGCAAUAAAGUCCACAGCUUUGGGAAGAGGGACCAGGCCAUUCGGAGGAACCUCAAUGUUCCAGUAGUGGUGAGGGGCUGGCUGCACAAACAGGACAGUUCUGGGAUGAGGCUGUGGAAAAGAAGGUGGUUUGUACUUGCUGAUUACUGCUUGUUUUACUAUAAAGACAGCCGAGAAGAAGCAGUCCUCGGGAGCAUCCCUCUGCCCAGCUACGUGAUCUCACCUGUGGCCCCUGAGGAUCGCAUAAGUCGCAAGUACUCCUUUAAGGCCGUGCACACAGGGAUGCGGGCACUCAUCUACAACAGCUCAACGGUGGGUUCGCAGGCUGAGCAGUCGGGUAUGAGGACCUACUACUUUAGUGCUGACACCCUGGAGGACAUGAACGCUUGGGUCAGGGCCAUGAACCAGGCUGCACAGGUGCUAUCUCGAUCGUCACUGAAGAGGGACAUGGAGAAGGUGGAGCGGCAGGCAGUGCCUCAGGCCAACCACGCAGAGUCCUGUCAAGAGUGUGGCCACAUGGGCCCUGGACACUCAAGGGAUUGUCCUCAUCACGGCUAUGAUGAUUCCUUUGGCUUCGAGAAGAGGGAGCAGGAGGAAGAGCGGUACCGACCCCAGAGAGACCCGCUGGAGGGCAAGCGGGACAGGAGCAAGGCCAGGUCCCCAUACUCGCCAGCAGAGGAGGAUGCCUUGUUUGUGGAUAUGCCUGGUGGCCCAAGAGGCCAGCAAGCACAGCCUCAGCGGACAGAGAAGAAUGGCAUGCUGCCUGCCUCCUAUGGCCCAGGAGAGCAGAAUGGGACUGGAAGUUACCAACGGGCUUUUCCUCCCAGAGUCAACCCAGAGAAGUACAGCCAGAGGAAGACCAACCUGGCCCAGGGAGAGCACUGGGUGAAGGCCCAGAGGGGAGAAGGCAGGAGCCUUCCUUCAGACCAGACGCUUCCUCGCCAGGGUCCUAGCCAGUCUCUGUCCUUCUCAGAAAACUACCAGAGUCUUCCCAAGAGCACACGACACCCCUCGGGGAGCUCCUCGCCCCCUCCUCGGAACCUGCCAAGUGACUACAAGUAUGCACAGGACCGAGCCAGCCACCUGAAGAUGUCGAGUGAAGAGCGCCGGGCACACCGGGAUGGCACUGUGUGGCAGCUUUAUGAGUGGCAGCAGCGUCAGCAGUUCCGGCAUGGCAGCCCCACAGCACCCAUCUGCACAGGCUCCCCAGAGUUUACUGACCACGGCCGGAGCAUGCUGGAGGUGCCCCGCUCCAUCUCCGUGCCUCCAUCUCCCUCCGACAUCCCUCCCACAGGGCCUCCAAGGGUCUUCCCGCCCCGACGGCCACACACGCCAGCAGAAAGGGUCACCGUGAAGCCACCUGACCAAAGGAGGAGUAUGGAUAUCUCACUGGGGAGUUCUCCCAGGAAGGCACGGGGCCACACCAUCAAGAACUCCUCUCAUGUGGACCGGCGCUCCAUGCCCUCCCUGGGCUACAUGACCCACACCGUCAGCGCUCCCAGUUUACAUGGAAAAUCGGCUGAUGAUACCUACCUCCAGCUGAAGAAAGACCUGGAGUACCUGGAUCUAAAGAUGACAGGCCGAGACCUUCUCAAAGAUCGAAGUCUGAAGCCUGUGAAGAUUGCCGAGAGUGACACUGAUGUCAAACUGAGCAUCUUCUGUGAACAAGACAGAAUUCUCCAGGACUUGGAAGACAAGAUCCGAGCCCUCAAGGAGAACAAAGACCAGUUGGAAUCUGUGCUGGAGGUGUUGCACAGGCAGAUGGAGCAGUAUCGAGAUCAACCCCAGCAUCUGGAGAAGAUUGCCUACCAGCAGAGGCUGCUGCAGGAAGACCUGGUCCACAUCCGAGCUGAACUCUUCAGAGAGUCCACUGAGAUGGAAAACGCCUGGAAUGAGUACCUGAAGUUGGAGAGGGAUGUGGAGCAGCUGAAGCAGACCCUGCAGGAGCAACACAGAAGAGCCUUUUUUUUCCAGGAGAAAUCACAGAUACAAAAGGAUCUGUGGAGGAUUGAAGAUGUCCUUGCAGGCCUGAGUGCAAACAAAGAGAACUACAAAGUCCUUGUGGAAUCGGUCAAAAACCCGGAGAGAAAAACGGUGCCUUUGUUCCCUCACCCGCCUGUGCCUUCACUCUCGACUUCUGAGAGCAAGCCUCCCCCACAGCCCAGUCCUCCCACCAGCCCAGUGCGGACCCCUCUGGAGGUUCGGCUCUUCCCACAGCUGCAGACCUAUGUGCCGUACAGACCUCACCCACCCCAGCUGAGGAAAGUGAUGUCCCCUCUUCAGUCACCAACUAAGGCAAAGCCCCAAGUGGAAGACGAGGCACCUCCCAGGCCCCCACUCCCUGAACUCUACAGUCCAGAGGACCAGCCGCCUGCCGUGCCACCUCUGCCAAGGGAGGCCACCAUCAUCCGGCAUACAUCUGUGCGGGGCCUCAAGCGGCAAUCAGAUGAGAGGAAGCGAGACCGGGAGCUGGGGCAGUGUGUGAAUGGAGACUCAAGGGUGGAGCUCCGGUCAUAUGUUAGUGAGCCUGAGCUGGCCACCCUCAGUGGGGACAUGGUUCAGCCCUCCUUGGGACUCGUGGACCCUGAGAGCAGAUACCAGACACUGCCAGGCAGAGGGCUCUCGGGGUCCACAUCAAGACUCCAGCAGUCAUCCACCAUUGCUCCCUAUGUCACACUCCGGAGGGGUCUAGAUGCUGAAAACGGCAAGAGACCCAAGAGUGCCUUGGAGCGCCUGUACUCAGGGGAACACCAGCGGGGCAAAAUGAGUGCAGAGGAACAGCUUGAACGCAUGAAGCGGCACCAGAAGGCCUUGGUCCGGGAGCGCAAGAAGACGCUGAGUCAAGGAGAGAGGACAGGCCUGCCCUCGUCCCGCUACAUCAGCCAGUCUGGAGAUCUUGGCUCAUGGAAGCGAGAGCAGGACUUUGACCUGCAGUUGCUGGAACGGGCCAUGCAAGGGGAGAGGAAGGACAAGGAGGAGAAUGGCUGGUUGAAAGUGCAGGCCAUGCCUGUCACAGAGUUGGACCUGGAACCUCAAGACUAUGACUUGGACAUCAGCAGAGAGCUGUCCAAACCAGAAAAGGUCUCCAUCCCUGAGCGGUAUGUGGAGCUGGAUCCCGAAGAGCCACCCACCCUUGAGGAGCUGCAGGCGAGGUAUCGAAAAGCUGAGAAGAUCCGAAACAUCCUCACCCGGUCAAGCAUGUGCAACCUGCAGCCAACAUCAGGACAAGACCGUAACAGCCUGGCUGAUAUGGACUCGCAGCUACAGGAGCAGGAACGCAUCAUCAACAUCUCCUACGCCCUGGCCUCUGAGGCCUCCCAGCGCAGCAAGCAGGUGGCAGCCCAGGCAGUGACUGACCCGUGACCCCGUGUACAGAGAAGCCUGAAGCCAGGGGCCGAGUGGAACCAGCUUCCUCCCAGGAGAUCAGCCUUUCUGCCCCCGCGGGAACCCUUCCAGCUG